AUCUAUUCCUCGCACCUCUCCUCACCACCACCACUCUCAGCGCAGCGCCCACGCCUCGCCGCUUGCGGCAGCUCACACCAUGGCCGCCUCCACGUCGGCCGUCUCCGCGCCGGACGUCGAGCGCACCGACCUCUCGCGCUGGCGCCUCAACUCGCACGAGGGCGGCGGCAGACACGUCUGGACGUACCUCUCGCACGAGGAAGCACAGACGGCAGAGCCGCAGCGCGAUGAGGAAAAGUACUGGCUCGGCAUCGAGGUGGGCGCACCCUCUCUUCCACGCGCCACCACGCCGCUCGACGCCGCGCGCAACGGCUUUGCCUUCUACCGGCGCAUCCAGGCGCGCGACGGCCACUGGGCCGGCGACUAUGGCGGGCCGCUCUUCCUGAUGCCCGGCCUCGUGAUUGGCAUGUAUGCCACGGGCACGCCCAUUCCGCGCGAGUGGAGCAUCGAGAUGCGCCGAUAUCUGCGCAGCAAGUGCAACGAGGAUGGCGGAUGGGGCCUGCACAUCGCCGGCGGCUCGACGGUCUUCGGCACCGCGACCAACUACGUCACCUGCCGCAUCCUCGGCAUGGCGGCCGACGAGCCCGUCAUGGUCAAGGCUCGCGGCCUGUUGCACAAGCUCGGAGGAGCGACGGGCGCACCGGCGUGGGGCAAGCUCUGGCUGGCGAUUCUUGGCGUGUACGAUUGGGAGGGCCUGCAUCCUGUGCCGCCCGAGCUCUGGCUGCUGCCCGACGCGAUUCCCAUUCACCCCUGGCGCUGGUGGCCGCACACGCGCAUGGUCUACCUGCCCAUGGGCUAUCUCUGGGCCAAGCGCUUCUCAGUGCCGCUCAAUCCCUUUCUGCAACAACUGCGCGAGGAGCUCUAUACGCAGCCAUACGACACGAUCAACUGGUUCCGGCAGCGCAACAACGUCGCGCAGGUCGACAUUUGGGCCCCGCACACGCGCACGCUCGAGGCGCUGAUGGGCGUGCUGGCCGGCUACGAGAUGCUCGGGCCGGUUGCGGCGCUGCGCGAGGCGGGCAUCCGGCGCGCAUACGAGAUGGUGGUAAUGGAGGAUGAGAACACGGGAUACCAGGGCAUCGGACCCGUCAACAAGAUGCUCAACUACCUCGUGCGCUGGGACGUCGAGGGCCCAGACAGCGACGUGAUGCGCCAACAUCGCGAGAAGCUCAAGGACUUCAUGUGGAUGGGGCCCGAGGGCAUGCGCAUGACGGGCACCAACGGCAGUCAGCUCUGGGACACGUCCUUCAUCGCACAAGCCCUCGUCGACUCCGGCCUCGUCGACGACGCCGAGAACAAGGCGGCGUGUGCACGCGUGCUGCACUGGCUCGACGAGUGCCAGAUCCGCGAGAAUCCGCGGCAUCACAAGGCGGCCUAUCGCUUCGCCACCAAGGGCGCCUGGCCGUUCAGCACCAAGGAGCAGGGCUACACGGUCAGCGACUGCACGGCAGAGGGCAUGAAGGCGGUGAUUAUGCUGCAGAAGGACGCGGGGCUCGACGAGCAGAUUUCGGAGGCGCGCCUGCGCGACAGCGUCGACCUGCUCCUGACGAUGCAGAACAAGAGCGGCGGCUUCGCCAGCUACGAGACGAUCAACGGGCCCAAGAUUCUCGAGUGGAUCAACCCGGCCGAGGUGUUUGGCGACAUUAUGAUCGAGUACGACUAUCCCGAGUGCACGACUAGCGUCGUGACGGGCCUGCUCAAGUUCAAGCAGAUGAGCGACUAUCGCGCUGCCGACAUCGACCGCUGCGUCAAGGCGGCGUUCAAGUACAUCAUGGCCGCGCAGCGUCCCGACGGCUCCUGGUUCGGCUCGUGGGCCGUCUGCUUCACCUACGCCAUGAUGUUCGCCCUCGAGUCUCUUCAUCUCAGCGGCCAGAGCUGCGGCAACAGCGCCGCGGUGCGGCGCGCCUGCCACUUUCUGCUCUCCAAGCAGCGCGCCGACGGCGGCUGGGGCGAGGCGUUCGAGUCGUGCGUUGUGGGCACGUACGUGCAGGCAAAGACGAGCCAGGUGGUGCAGACGAGCUGGGCCAUCAUUGCGCUGCUGCACGCAGGCAGCGAGGAUCACGAGGCCAUCCGCAGAGGCGUGCGCCUCAUCAUGAGCCGCCAGCAGGCCGACGGCCAGUGGCGCGACGAAGACACGGUGGGCGUCUUCAACCGCAACUGCUCCAUCUCCUACCCCAACUACGUGCACUCCUUUACCAUCUGGGCACUCGGCAAGGCGCACCGGCAGAUCAAGGGCUGGUGACAAAGUUCUCAAUCUCGAGCGUCUCGCCCACCCUUGCCUGCCUGACAAACACGCCGUCGCCCUCCUCGAGCACCGUCUCGCCCACUCUGACCGUCGCCUGCGCUGCACUCGGCGGCGCGCCGCCGCCCCAGGCGAGGACAAAGUCCAUGCCGAACGGCUCGGCACUCGGCGUCUUGCUCAGCAGGGCGCGCGCCUUGCCGCGCCUCGACGUCUUGACGCUGCCCGGCAGCAGCGUGCGCGCAAGCCACGUCGG